GUAGCCAGCAAUUAAAAAUGGACUCAAGAGAAGUGUGUGUACGUCAUGGAUAAUGUACACAAAUAUACAGGAGUAUGCUUUUGGGGAGUUUUCUCAGCAGUUGAUGUACUAGAGAAAAUGCAUCAUAUUUUAAAUACUCUGACAUGGAAAGAAGAAUAUAAAGUCAAUAUUUAAUCUAUACAUUCUCUAACAUACAUCUAUGUCAGAGAGCACUGAUUCUGUGUAGAUUUACACAGACAGACGUUUCUAUUUACAGUUAUGUCGGUUAGCAGUUUUUUAGCGUCUGUGUCAAAAUGAUGGAGAGUCAGAAUUACGGCACAAACAAGUCGUUUUCACAGAAAAAAACGUUUUUCGCUAAUUUAGUUCACAGUACUAUACAUUCUUAUCACGUUAAAGUGGUAUUCUUCUGAAGUUUUAACCACAUCACCCAUGUUCAAGUCAUAUGUCCACAUCAUAAUAAGGUCGAGAUCGGAUUACAUAUGCCGGUGACCUAACCUAGGUAACCCGAGAGGAGACAUUUCAAUGAAAGUAGAUGGCGACAAGAGCUGAAAUACUUGUAAUCUUUGUACAAAAUACACGUUACAGGUCCGGACUUGGUAUAAACUGAUCACGUUGCUAAGAUCUGCAGUGAACCACCUUCAAGUACGAACGCCAACUAGCGAUGAAGUACGCUAUUAAGAAGAAAAAAAUCCUUACUGCUGAGGAAACUGAACUGUUUGAACUAACCCAGGCUGCAGGCAUCACUAUUGACCAAGAGGUCUUCAAAAUUAUCGUGGAUCUGUUGAAAAUGAACGUGGCUCCUCAGGCAGUCUUCCAGACUCUGAAAGCUAUGUGUGCCGGUCAAAGAGUGGCUGACAGCUGUGGAGGCGAAUCAGUUUCAGUCAGUGUCACAGCAGCACCGGCAGAAACCAGAGAUGAAGAGUCUUUGGUCUCUGGAAAGAGUCCUAAACCCACUGCUGCCCCCCCCACAGCGACUGGGCCCAGGGCCACAAGGGUCAACACUAAGAUUAUGGUCUACGGCCCUCAGGACUCUAGUGCUCCCCACUCUCAAGUGCGCAGUAAAACUGGAGCGAGCCACGGUGAGAAGAGCAGAGAAACUUCCAGCCAGCGAGUGCAGCGGCAGCCCAGUGCCACCAGAGGGCAGAAGACCAAGAGCUCUGGCAGCAGUAGUUCCUCCUCGCACGUCAACUCAACAUAAGGCCGUCGUCAAUGUGGGGUCGUUUGUAAAUAUACUCACGUUUGUAUGUAAGAUAUGUUGAUAUUUAAUACUGUUGGUUGUGUUUAUUUGGGCUCCUGCAACCGAAUAAAAAGUACAUGUCGGG